AUGAGAAGCAGAGUCACCACGUCCACAGCCCGCACCUCCACUUCUACGCUACUUGCCGUGGCGUACCGCCCUGCCGCACACACUGCCACCGCUCUGCCGCUUUCGGGGCCACGAUUUGUGCGUGCACUCGCGACCACCACAACCGUCGACGGCGGGAAGCAGCGAAAGAAGCUCGUGGUGUUGGGCAACGGCUGGGCCGGCUAUCGCCUCAUCCUCGACGUCGAUAUCAGCAAGUAUGAGCUCAGUGUCAUCAGCCCCAGGAACUACUUUCUGUUCACCCCUCUGCUUACCUCCACCACUGUGGGCACGCUCGAGUUCAGAGGCGUGAUCGAACCCGUGCGCACUGCCCGCCCUGGACUCAACUACAUCCAAGCUGGCGCCACCAGUGUGGAUACCACCAACAAAGUGGUCACCUUUGAGAGCGUGUACGAAGAAAGAGAGACAGACGAAGAGGUUCCGGUUCAUCCCGCCGCCUCGAUCAAAUACGACGAGCUUGUGAUUGCCGUGGGAGCUGCGCCCAACACAUUCGGAGUGCCCGGCGUUGAGAAGUACUGCUACUUCCUUAAGUCUGUGGCCGACGCCCGCAACAUUCGACAGCGGAUCAUCGAGUGUUUCGAGCGCGCCAGCAGCCCCACGACAACAGAGGCCGAGCGAAGCCGCCUUCUCCACUUUGUCAUCGUCGGCGGCGGUCCCACAUCGGUCGAGUUCAGCGCCGAACUCCACGAUUUCCUGCGCAAGGACGUGCACAAGAUCUAUCCGGAUCUCGAGAAGCAGGUGCAGAUCACGCUCAUCGAAGCCGGCAAGACGCUGCUGAGCACGUUCGACCAACGUUUGAGCGACUACACCAUGCGCACCUUCAGGAAGAGGAACAUCGACGUUCGCACCAGCGUGUCGGUCAAGCAGGUGAAGCGCCACGAGAUGGUGCUGUCUGAUGGCGCCGUCAUCCCCUUCGGCCUCGGCGUCUGGUCCACCGGCCUGUCGCCAAUCCCGUUCAUCAAGGGCCUCCCAUUCCCCAAGGACAGGUCGGGCCGACUGCUGGUCGACGAGUACCUGCACGUGAAGGCGCCGGGCGUGGAGGGCGUGUACGCGGUGGGCGACUGCGCCGCCUUCGAGACCAACCCGCUGCCGGCCACCGCCCAGGGCGCCGAACAGGAGGGCAAAUAUCUUGCGCAGGCGCUGAACGCAAAGGCACGAGGGGAGGAGCCCAAGAAGUUCCAGUACCACCACAAGGGCAUGCUCGCGUACGUGGGUGGCUACCGGGCGCUGAUCGACUCGCCGCUGAUCAAGCGGUCGGGCUUCCUCACGUGGAUCAUGUGGAACGCGGCCUACAUCACCAAGCUCGUGUCCAUCAAGAACAAGAUGAUGAUCCCCAUGUACUGGUUCAAGUCCUUCGUCUUCGGCCGCGACAUCUCCCGAUUCUGA